AUCUAGGUCAUAAAAAAAGGCAAAAAAAAAUAAAGUCAAUACCUUUAACCAAAUCGUCUCGCGCGGGGUGGUGCUCAACUGCUAUGAUGCUAAAAAAUCCUCACCAAUUGGGAUUGGCUCAACCUUUUCAUAAGUACAGCUCCGGCGGAGUGGAUAAUUCGAUUGGAUUCCCCGGAGUCGCAGUGGGAGGGAGUGUGCGUUGCGAGAUGGACGGCUCCGGCUUGGAUUCCGACGGCCGCCAGUUCAAGAACGCCGAGGAGAUGUGGGAGCAAGAGGUCGGAGACCACCAGAAGAAGACCCAAUGGUACACCGAAGGCGUCGCUUAUUGGCAAAAAAAGGGUGUGGAGGCUUCAGUGGAUGGAGUGCUGGGUGGAUAUGGGCAUGUGAAUGAGCCUGAUAUAAAGGGCAGUGAAGCAUUUCUCAAUACCCUUUUGGCUGAUCGAUUCCCUGAUGGCGGAAGAAACCGGCAUCUUGUUGCGCUUGAUUGUGGUGCUGGCAUUGGAAGGAUUACAAAGAAUCUUCUGAUAAGAUACUUUAAUGAGGUUGAUCUUCUUGAGCCUGUCUCACAUUUCCUGGAGGCUGCCCGUCAAAAUUUGGCUCCUGAAAACCUCAUGGUAUUAGAUUCCCAUAAGGCCUCCAAUUUCUAUUGUGUCCCUCUUCAGGAAUUUACUCCUGAUGUUGCAAGGUAUGAUGUUAUAUGGGUCCAGUGGUGUAUUGGGCAUCUCACAGAUGAUGAUUUUGUUUCAUUCUUUAAGAGAGCCAAGGAUGGCCUGAAACCUGGUGGAUUCUUUGUGCUGAAAGAAAACAUUGCAAGAACUGGAUUUGUGUUGGAUAAAGAAGAUCGGAGUGUUACAAGGUCAGAUUCAUACUUCAAGGAGCUUUUCAAUCGUUGUGGAUUGCAUGUUUACAAAUCAAAGGACCAAAAGGGAUUCCCUGAGGAUUUGUUUGCCGUGAAGAUAUACGCCUUAACACUUGAUAUGCCGAAGAGUGUAAGUAGGACCAGACCUAAACUGCAAGCAAAUAGACCAGGCAUCAUCAAGUGAGGAAUUUCUUGCUGGACUUGAAAUAGUCAUGAAUGGAUCUGUAGUUCAUAGCUUGAACAUACUUGAAAAGCAAGAGGACCAUGCCACAUUUUUGUGGCCCCUAGAUUAUUUCAGGGUGAAUAGAGAUGAUUAGUGAUCUAAAUGCUUGUAGGUAGUACUACUUAGUGGGUUUAAGGCAUGGUAUGUUGUUAUUGUUGCCCUUUCCUGCAGUUCUCUUACUCAAUUCUGCAAUAUUGAGCUUGUUUGCUCCCCCUUAUUCAUGGUGUAUUCUGGAGCCACAUAGCGUAUCUCCCUAUUACAAGUGCUCCUGUUUUCCUGCUCUUGCAGGUUGUAACUGCAACUGUUUUGGCUACAGUUUGCAUACUUAAAUACUGAACUCUGCAAUUGCGUCUUUUUCCA